UUAUGCAUGCAUCUAAUUAAUCAUUCUUUUGUGUUAAAAAUUAUUGCAAGGUUGAGGUUAGCUGAAACCCCCAAAUAAAAAUAUUUUCUACUUGCAGUUUGUAAACCAACGAAACCAUUUCAUAAUGAGGGCAGUACCCGUCAUUGUUUUUAUGAUGGUUACAGCAUCCAAUGUGUUUUACACGGUCAACUCGGCAGGACUGCUUGAGAUUGGCUCGUUCGAGAACAAAACCUUUUACAGGGAAGCUGAAGGAUUUUCACACACUUAUAUGGAAUUUGUCGAGUUUUGUCACUCACAUGACCUACAACCUGCCUCAAUUUCCAAUCAUGAUGAACAAUCGACUGUACAACAUCACUUUAAUGAAACACAGUUUUAUCGUCAUUUGUGGCUUGGAAUUUGGGAUAUUGGUUCUGAAGGUCAGUGGCAUUGGGUUGGUCAAGGUCAAGGGUUGUCAUCACCAGUACAAGCUGACUAUUCUAACUGGGACCCUAAUCAUCAGGGUGGAGGCCGGGAGGAAAAUUGUGCCAUUAUUCGGAACAGUGAUUUCCUCUGGGUGGACGUUCCUUGCAGUUUUGCAGCAGUUCCACUCUGCCAAUCUGAUUAUGCGUAACUGAGAAGAAUAUGUACGUAGUUAUGUAUUUAUGUACAAAUAUAUAUCUAUAUGUACGUAUGUAAGUACAUGUAUGUAAAUACAUGCUUUUAUCUUACACAAUAAAUCUUCAUGGGAAUAAGUGCAAUUAAAUUAUGCACAUCGUUCGA